AUGCCCGAGUCAAACGAGUCGCUUGUUGUUGACUCCAUGACUUCGUCCGCUCAGAGCCUGCCUGCCCCGGUCACCUUGUCGGCCACCACUACUGAAUAUCCUCCUCCGACCUCAAACUCGUCAAGUCUGGAGUCCUCUCGCUCGCCGCAUCAUCAGCACAACACCAGUACGGCUAGUGUCGCCCAGGCCAAAAGCAGACGCUCGCUCGCAUCCCUCGCAAGAGAAAAGACAUCCAACGCCUUUGCCAAUUUGGCUGCCAUUGGCACAAAUCCCACGCCCAGUUUACGGUCUGCCACCUCCUCCAGCAGCCUCACCAAGAAGUCCGCCUCCACAGAGACUGCUCGCCCAAAUCUUCCCCGUUCGCCAACUUCGCCCGAGUUACAGAGACCAACACAACUGCGUCCGAUAAGUGGUCCGCCUCUGCCCAGUGAAGAGCUGAGAAAUAGCACCACAACACCUCCAAUGCCGAACACGGACAAGAGCAGUGGGCGGAUGCACCAGACAUCUUCCAAGAUUCUGCGCAUGACGGAUGACGAGAGGCCCUUCACCCGGGACUUCAAUGACUUAUUCUCUACACUCAUCACCAGUUUACCACUGACACCACAUCGAGUACGAUUUUCAAGGGUAGAAGAGACGUUCCUGUCAGAGGAAGCCAUUACAAAUCUCGGAUCCCUCAAGUUCUCCCAAUCCAAUCGCAUUCCAGAUCCAAAGAAUCCUUCGAGAUGGGUAGUAACAACCACUACGACGACUUUCUCAAUGGCCAAAGAGAUGGCACGUUCGGUCUGUCAACGGUUUGUGGACGCCCGCCUGAUAGAGUCGGCGGAAUCCAAGAGUAACACCACGUUCCCGACAAAGGGAGGCGUGUGGCAGCUCACUCCUAAAGGCCUGGCAAUCCUACAUCGUUUCUGCAGCAAGAAUGGCAUCAACGCCCGUCACAUUGAACCUCUUCUCAAGCGAGCACAGAUGCAGAUCGUCGCUCUGGAGAGAGACCCAAGCACGGAUAAGCUGAUCCAGGAUAGGGCCACCAUCGAGAUCAUUUUUAGGAGAUUUAUGGGUCUCGAGGGCCCAAAUCUGAAGAGCUCCACGUCCUUAUCCGAUUCGGACUCUGUAUCAGACUACGCUACAGGCCUUGUCGGCGUCAAAAUGGCCAAAGAACGUCGAGUGCUGGACCGGACCGUACAGAGCACAUUCACUGGCCGAGCGGCCUCUGACUGGCUGCUCGAUUGUUGCACUACCAUCGAUCGGCGAGAGACUUUUGAGAUCGCGGAACUAUUCGUCAAGUGGCAGCUGAUGGCUCCGGUUGUCGAAGACAGAGCAUAUAUGCGCCAGAAUCCCAUGUCAACCUACUUCCAGCCCACCAAGCACGCCAUCUACACUGUCACAGAACGAGGACAGCGAGUUUGCGGAUGGAUUGCCCGACCACCUAGUAUCGAGAGCGAAGACAGCCAUGAUACAAGGGACAAGGGUCGAAUCACCAGAGAUUCCAACGUCAGCCGGCUGAAUAUGAUAUUGCAAGACGCUGCGCUCCGGUUACUUUUCCGAGAGUUCUUGCGACAAUCGCUGUGCGAGGAAAACUUACAAUUCUAUUUCGACGUGACCGAUUUCACCAACAACUACCGACAACUCGAGAAGUCAGGGAUGCUCGAGAGGCCCGAACCUGUGAGAGAGACACUGGCAGCAGCAUAUGGUCUCUACAACUCCUUCCUGGCAUCAGGAGCACCUUCCGAACUCAAUAUUGACCACUCCUUACGCAAUCGCCUUGACAGCAGAAUGAUCCGAACGAAUAUCGAUGACGAGUCCAUGAGACAAUCUCUCGAUGAAGUGGUGGAAUUAUUCGAGCUUGCGCAAAACGCAGUAUUCAAACUCAUGGCGAGCGACUCCGUGCCAAAAUUCCUGCGAGACCCACGACAUGCAGCUGUACUUCGUGAUCACGAAAUCGAUUUGAUCGGGUCCAACCGCGCACUUUCUCCGGUCCCAGACAGGGGGGUCAGUCGAUCUAAUACACGGACAUAG